CACACUCACCAGCCUUAAACAAACAGACAAACAAACAAACAAACCUCCCCCACAAAAUCGCCAGAAACUCUCUCCGCCGCCCGUCGGUCGUCCCCUCCGCCGGGACUCCAAGAAUGAACAUUCGCCGGCGACACUCCCACUCCCACCCCGCUUCUCCCGACGACCAGCCGCUCAAGUCCCACAGGCAACGCCAUCUCCAAGUGUUCUCCGACGAAGCGACCCUUGCCCUGCCCCUGUAUUUCACCAAUGCGUUGUUUAUCGCCACGUUUAUCUCCGUGAUCUAUUUCCUUCUCCUCCGAUGGGGGGAGAAGAUCCGGGACUCGGUCCCGCUUCAUGUGGUGACUCACUCGGAGCUGGCGGCUAUGUGUUUGUUGUUCGCCUCUGUGGUUUACCUGUUCGGGUUUUUCGGAAUCGGUAUAGUUCAGUCUCUCAUGUGCAGGUCGAAUCAGGAUGUUUGGGAAAUGGAUGACGGGGAGAAUGUGAAGGAAAGCCGCCACGGGCGUUGCUCGCAGUGUGAAGGCGUGCUGGGUUCCUCGGUACGCCCACCAAGUGUUUGUAAAAUUGUCCCAAUGGUUCCUCAGCGCCCGAUUCGGAAAAUUGACCAGCCAGAGGCUGAGGAAGACGAGGGGAUCAUCAAUUCUGUCGUGGAGGGGAAAACGCCGUCCUAUUCGCUGGAAGUGAAGCUGGGAGAUUGUAAACGCGCGGCGGCGAUCCGGCGAGAGGCCUUGCAGAGAACCACCGGGAAGUCUCUUGAGGGGCUUCCCAUUGAAGGGUUUGAUUACGAGUCCAUUCUCGGGCAGUGUUGCGAGAUGCCGGUGGGUUACGUUCAGAUGCCAGUGGGUAUCGUCGGGCCAUUGGUUCUUGAUGGGAGAGAGUAUUUUGUGCCGAUGGCGACCACUGAGGGGUGCCUGGUGGCGAGCACCAACCGGGGCUGCAAAGCCAUCUCCGUCUCUGGUGGUGCCACCAGCGUGCUGCUCAAAGACGGCAUGACCAGAGCUCCGGUGGUGAGGUUCGGCACCGCCAAGAGGGCGGCUGAGUUAAAGUUCUUUGUUGAGGCCCCCUGCAAUUUUGAGACUCUUGCUGUAUUGUUCAACAAAUCAAGCAGAUUUGCCAAAUUACAAAGCAUUCAAUGUGCAAUAGCUGGGAAGAAUCUCUAUAUGAGAUUCAGUUGCAGCACUGGUGAUGCCAUGGGGAUGAACAUGGUGUCCAAGGGCGUGCAGAACGUUCUCGAUUUCCUUCAAAUUGAGUACCCAGACAUGGAUGUUCUUGGCAUUUCUGGGAACUUUUGCUCAGACAAGAAGCCAGCAGCAGUGAACUGGAUUGAGGGGAGAGGCAAGUCAGUUGUAUGUGAAGCAAUAAUAAAGGAAGAGGUGGUGAAGAAGGUGUUGAAGACCAGUGUUUCUUCCCUUGUUGAGCUGAACAUGCUUAAGAACCUCACUGGAUCAGCCAUGGCCGGUUCCCUUGGCGGUUUCAAUGCCCAUGCUGCAAACAUUGUGUCUGCCGUGUUCAUAGCCACUGGUCAGGACCCGGCACAGAAUGUGGAAAGCUCUCACUGUAUCACAAUGAUGGAGCCGGUUAAUGACGGCAAGGACCUUCACGUCUCUGUCACCCUGCCUUCUAUUGAGGUGGGGACAGUUGGAGGUGGGACCCAGCUGGCCUCACAGUCUGCCUGCUUGAGCUUACUAGGAGUGAAGGGUGCUAACAAGGACUCCCCAGGAUCAAAUGCAAGGCUAUUGGCAACCAUUAUUGCAGGCUCAGUCCUUGCUGGGGAGCUAUCCCUUAUGUCUGCAAUCUCAUCAGGCCAACUUCUCAGCAGCCACUUGAAGUACAAUAGGUCCAGCAAAGAUGUCACCAAGGUACCCUCUUCUAACGAGCAACGACGAUAGGGGCAGGGAGGGGAUUUUGGAAAUGCGUCGGCCGAUAGGGGUGAAUUUAACGUCAUAUCCCACCCACACGGUAAUUAUUAAACGGUAACUUAAUAGGGACAUGGGAGUAAAUUCACACUCAUCGUCUAACACAUUCCCUAACCCCCAACCCUGUUGCAAUUCCUAAUCAAAUGCACAAAACUCUCAAACUAUAGUCUCCAGUUUCCAGUCUCCACCAAACCAUACAUGAAUCUCAAUAAUAGGGAUUGUUCUUGGGAUCUUGUUGUAUUGCUUUGGAGAAGCCAUGGAAAGAAGGUCUAUACAAGAGGCCAAUUUGUUAUAGGAGUUUGGUGAUUUAUUACCAUUCUUAAUUACUCCGUAUAUUACUAUGACUAACUGGACCAACUCGAACCAGCAAAUCCUGGUCCCUU